UGAAUGCUCUACAGCUCCCCCUUCUUCAUGCACAAGCCUUUUAAUUAAUUUCUCUUUAAUGCUGCCUUAUUUGCCGUUUUGGUUUUACAUCCAAAAUUACUGCAAAUGAAAUCCCAAAAUUCCUUAGCGAAUUCCCACGAAUUGUAUCGCGUUUUCGUAUAUAUCUAUUGGUGGAGGAAUGCUUGUCACCUACUCCUUUAGCUCCCACUCUCUCUUCCACUCUUCUUCUCCCAAACCAGAACAAAAAGCUCCCGGAAUCGGAAGCCAUUGCAGAGGCAGAGAAGAAGGUUCCUGUUUCUGGGUUGGUUUGUUUGGCCGGCAUGGAUAAGCACAGGUGCAAGCUCUGCUUGAGAAGCUUCGCGAAUGGAAGAGCUCUGGGCGGGCACAUGAGAUCUCACUUGAUGAAUCUCUGUUCGAAAAAACUAGAAGAAGAAGAAGAGGAGGAGGAGGAAGAAGAAGAAGAAUUGGGCAACAAUGGCGAAGAUAUUGAGUCUUCGUUUUCCGAAGAUGAGGAAGAUGAAGUGAAAGAGUUGCUUGGUUACGGGUUGAGAGAGAAUCCCAAGAAGAGCAUCCGGGUGGUGGAUCCGGAAUUCUCGUUCGUAGGCUCGACGUCGGUCGUGCUUCAAGACCGGGAGAGCGAGACCGAGUCUUCGAAGAACCCGAUUCGGCGACGAUCCGAAAGAAUCCGAAAAUCGGGCAAGAUUGAGCCUUUCUGGGCGCCGGAGGCCGAGCCGGAGCCGGCCAGCUCAAUCUCCGAUGCGUCGCCGGAGGAAGACGUGGCCUACUGUCUGAUGAUGCUGUCGAGGGAUAAUAAGUGGAUGCGCGGCCCCCGGGAAGUGGAGUCCGGCGAGUUCCGGCGGGUCAAAGCUCGGGUCAAAGGGAAAUACAAGUGUGAAACUUGCUUCAAAGUUUUCCGAUCUUAUCAAGCUCUUGGAGGCCACAGAGCCAGCCACAGAAAGGCCAGAAUUAACGGCAACAACAAUGCUACCGCUCAAACUCAGCAACAAUCGAAAGGAGAGAAUAACGGCGUUCACAUCCAUGAAUGCCCCGUAUGUUUCAGAGUUUUCUCCUCGGGGCAAGCUCUGGGCGGGCACAAGAGAUCGCACGUAAUUGGAUCAUCUUCGACUGUUACUAAUUUUCCCAGGAAACAAACACCCAGAUUCGGCGAAAGCUUGAUCGAUCUUAACCUCCCGGCCCCCAUUGACGACGACGAUCUCAGCCAAAUCGACCUCUCGGCGGUUUCCGAUGCCGAGUUCGUCAACCCCAUCAAGCGUUUUCCCAGAAAAUAAUAGAUUCACAGCCAGCUGAUUUAGAACAUCCAUUAAUAGAGGAAAGCAGAAAGGCUCAUUUCAUCGCCAAAUCCACUCCAUAAUUGCUUUGCUGCUUAAUAUAUGAAGAAUUACCAUUUAUUGUUACAGUGAAGAAGAGCUCUGCAUUGUUGCUCAUGGCUACUUGCUGUUCAUACUUCAGAGUUUCCGGCCAGCUGUUCUUCAGCCAACUGCUUCCACAGUUGCAUCUCUCAUCUCAUGUUCAUAAAGAGAAAUGCAUAUUCAGGAGAGAAGUUGAUCAAGAUAUGAAUAUUUUAGUUGCAAAGAAAGCAACUUCCACCUGUCUCCACCACUGCUUCUGUAGCUUCUGUCUAGUUGUUGAACUUGGAACAGAAGAAGAACUCAUUGCUUCUGUACCUUCUGUUGCUUAACAUUCACAAAUAAUCUUUCAUCUAUCAUACAUAAAUUUACAAUAAUAUUAUUUAAAAUUAAUAAUAA